AUGAGUGGAAUUAAUAAAGGAUCAAUUGGGAGAAUAAAUGCGAAAAUGGUGGAAGAAAGACAUGAAGCACCUAUGAUAUUUCAUUGCAUCAUACAUCAAGAGGCAUUAUGUUGCAAAGUUUUAGCAUGGAAAGAUGUAAUGAAUAUUGUAGUAUCGACGGUUAACUACAUACGCAAAAAUGCUUUGGCACAUCGUCAAUUCAAAAUAUUUUUGGAAGAAUGCGAUGCUGAAUAUGGGGAUGUAAUAUAUUUUUCCGAAGUAAGGUGGUUGAGUAGAGAAAAAGGUAAAAUUGUACCAGAAUUAUCAAAUGAAAAGUGGGUUCUUAAUCUGGCAUUUUUAACUGAUAUAACAACUUUAUUAAAUGAGCUGAAUACAAAACUACAAGUGAAAUUAAAAUUAUUACACAAACAUAUUAAUGAACAGCACUUGGAUCAUUUCUUAUGCUGUAAAACUGUAUUAGAAUCAACCAAAUCAACUUUAAAUUGGGAAACUACAAAAAUGGAAGUCAUAGAAUUGCAAAACAACGAUAUUCUUAAAAAUGCUUUUAAAGAAAGUAAUGACCUAAAAAUAUUUUAUUCAAGUCUUUCUGAAAUAGAUUUUAAAGGCAUUAAAAGUUUUGCUAAAAAAAUGAUUACUGCUUUUGGUAGCACAUAUAUUUGUGAGCAGACAUUCUCAAUACUUAAAUUCCGAAAAAAUAAAUAUUGUUCACGGUUAAGCGAUGAACACUUGAAUGCUGUUUUAAGGAUAUCAACAUCCAAUUUAAAAGCGGAUAUAAAUGAAUUGGCGGGAAAAAUUCAACCUCAAAAAUCACACUAG